GACAGUAGAAGAAGAAGCUGCCAUAUUGCAGUGAUACAGCGAGUUUACCCGACUGAACCUUAAACACGGUUAGCUUUCUGUCAUUAAAAUGAUUUCUGCUCAUGGUUUCGGAGACCCUGGAAAGAUGAAAGAGUAUCAUUACACUGGUCCAGUCGAGCACCGCUUCUCCCCAUACGCCUUCAACGGAGGAACCGUACUAGCUGUCGCCGGAGAAGACUUUGCCAUCGUAGCCUCAGACACCAGGCUGAGUGAAGGCUAUUCAAUCCACAGCCGGGACUCACCAAAAUGCUACAAGCUGACAGACACAACUGUCAUUGGCUGCAGCGGUUUCCAUGGCGAUUGCUUGACUCUGACUAAAAUCAUUGAUGCCAGACUAAAGAUGUACAAACACUCGAACAAUAAGUCAAUGACCAGUGGAGCCAUUGCAGCCAUGUUGUCCACCAUCCUGUACGGCAGGAGGUUCUUCCCCUACUAUGUCUACAACAUCAUCGGAGGGCUGGAUGAACACGGCAAGGGAGCAGUGUACAGUUUUGACCCAGUAGGCUCCUACCAGAGAGACACCUACAAGGCUGGAGGAUCAGCAAGUGCCAUGCUACAACCGCUACUAGACAACCAGAUUGGAUUCAAGAACAUGGAGGGUGUUCAGCAUGUUCCUCUGACUCGGGACAAGGCCGUUCAGCUGGUCAAAGAUGUCUUCAUCUCGGCCGCAGAGAGAGAUGUCUAUACCGGAGAUGCCCUUCGUGUUUGUGUCAUCACUAAGGAGGGCAUCAAUGAGCAGACCAUACCACUGAGGAAGGACUGAGGAGGGAAAUGUUCUCUGUUCUCUGCUUUUGUCUUUGGCCUGUUAUUUCCACAUUCAAUCUGUUGGUUUGGCCCUUUAACAUCAAGUUUCUUAGAAUAGGAGUGUUGAUCCAGAAGUUGCAUUAACUGGGGAGCUGAUAUUCCAUUUUUUUUAUAUGCACUCACAAUUUACAUCCAUUGACAUCAACACUUCUCUCCUGCUUUCCACAAGUAUCCCCUUCAAUUUCUGCUAUUAUUACAUCCUUGGAUUUGUGGUCUAGCAACCUGAUUGUAGAUCAGCACUCCUGUUCUGAGAAGCAACAGACUCUUUUCAUCCCACCCUGCUUAGACUCUUCCUCUGUUUUUCAUUAUGUUUUGGAAGAAUACAUACUCUGUUGUUCUUUUUACAUUCUUAAUAAAUGUAAAGAAUUGAAAGAA